CGCGUUUUUUUUUUAAUGGCUUUGCCUCUCUUGCAUCGGCGUAAUACUAAAAUCUACGUCGGACUCGACUAAGCUCACCGCGCGGUCCGCGAUGGAAACCUCACAGCGGGAACCGAGCUAUAGACGAGCUCCAGAUGAACCAGACCUCGAUCUAUACACAAUUCCAAGCCACUCCAGUUGGUUUUCGUGGGACGAUAUUCACGAAACAGAGAAAUUAGCUUUGAAGGAGUUUUUUGAUGGAAGCUCAAUAUCAAGAACUCCGCGUAUAUAUAAAGAAUAUAGAGAUUUUAUUAUCAAUAAGUACAGGGAAGAGCCUUCCAGCAUGCUUACAUUCACCGAAAUUCGGAAAUCUCUGGUGGGGGAUGUUAACUUGCUUCAUAAGGUGUUUGCUUUUUUGGAGACUUGGGGACUGAUCAACUUUGGUGCAACUUCAGAUGAAGAUGAUUUGGCGGAGGUGGAAGAUGGCGAGAGUUAUGUAAUAAAGAUUGAAGAGGGGGUUCCCAAUGGAAUUCGUGUGGGAGCAAUGCCAAAUUCGGUCAAGCCAAUUUCAGCACCACCUGUUGUGGAAGACAACGUUAUCGUUAAUGGGCGCGGGUUUAAAUUACCCCCUUUGACUUCUUAUUCAGAUGUCUUCAGUGACUUGUUGAAACAGAAGAUUUUAGUGUGUGGGAACUGUGGCCAACUUUGUGGAUCUAGAUACCAUCAAUGCGCCAAGGAUGAUUAUUUAAUCUGCGAAAAUUGUUUCAAGGAUGGAAAAUAUGGGGAGCAGAGGCUCUUGGAAGAUUUUGAGUUGAAGACCACCGAGUCCACUGAAGAUAGAAGCAGUACAGGAGCUGUGUGGACUGAGGCCGAGACUCUGCUUCUUUUGGAAUCUGUUUUGAAGCAUGGAGAUGAUUGGGAACUUGUUGCUCAAAAUGUUCAAACCAAAACUAAAUUGGAUUGUAUAUUGAAGUUCGUAGAAUUACCGUUUGGGGACUCCUUGUUAUGUUCUGAAGCUCAAAGGAACGAGGUUAGUGGUCCUAAUAACAACGUGACUAGUGAGAAAGAAACUACAGACGGUCCACCAGAAACUACAGAGGCUCCACCUAGCAAUCAAGAGAUUGCCGGAAGUGAAGACCAGUGUACCAAGGACAUAAACGAGGACGAAGAUGGAGAGAACCAAGGCCCUCCCAAGCGACAGUGCACUGCUUCUCUUCAAGAUACGAGCAGUUCACUAAUGAAACAGGUAGCUUUGAUAUCAAGCAUGGUCGGACCACAAAUUAUGGCGGCAGCUGCUACUGCUUCUGUUACAGCACUUUGUGACGAAAACUCAUAUCCAAAAGAAAUAUUUGACGAUCAAAAUUUUUUUGUUCCUAAUGGACUGUGUUCUGCGGCUUCCACCACAUCAAAUCACGAGGUUGAGAGAAUUCUCAACAACGAAGAUUCAGUAGCUAAGGAAAGGCCUCAAUCAGGUGAUAUAAUGGCCGAAGACAAAGAUGACAUACCUCUAAUCUUACGAGUUAGAGCUGCAAUUGCAACAGCACUUGGCGCUGCUGCAGCACAUGCAAAAUUACUUGCUGAUCAAGAAGAGAGAGAAAUGGAAUAUUUAUUGGCAAUAAUGAUAGAAACACAGAUGAAGAAGAUGCAACGCAAAAUCAAACAUUUUGAAGAUCUGGAGUUGAUUAUGGAAACAGAAUACCCUGUGAUUGAGGAACUAGAAGAUAAACUGUUGAUGGAGCGGGUUAGUGUGUUGCAAUCUGCAUUUGAUCUUGGUAUACCUAGGUGGAAGGAUUAUCCUUCUGUGAGAUCUUGACAUGACAACUAUUCUCUUGUACCAUUAUGAUGUAUCAAAGAAAUUAUUUAUAUCUUAAUAUUGAAGAUUUUAACCUUCCUUUUAAGAGAGGAAGGUCAUAUGAUACUUUGAUCAAA